AUGUAUUACACAUCCCCACCAAAACAAUGGAAUAUUAUUUCUUUUGCUUAGCCAAUACAUUUUCAUUAAUUUAGUAGCAAAAUUAUUUUUAAAAUGAGUUGUGACAAUCGCACUUUGUAAGUUGUUUUCAUGAAUGAAUGAAAAACAAAGUGAGUGCACGCUGAACGGUACACCGCAAUCUUUUAAACUAACAUUAAGUAAACAAAAUAUCAACAAGAAGAAGGAUCGUAUGAUGAAAAUUUGCGUGAAUUUGCAUAUUUUUAAUAUAUCCAGUUAAAUGAAGUAAAAAUAAUUCAAUCAUAUCCAAAUGAACGAAAACGAGAACGCAACCGAUAUCGAAUCGAUGACAUAUACGACAACAGUCAUAUCAUAUUUAGGGCAGUAUGUUGAUCUAGACUACAGCAUAUGGAUAUGGCGCAUUUUGACACCACUGAUAAUUACAUUCACAUUGCCAUUGAUCUUUGUGUUCCUCAUAUACUUCACAUCGGUAUUUCUGUACAUCUACAAACUCCAUAGAUUCGUGAUUUACAAAGCUGUCAGCACAGAUCGAAACUAUUGGAAUGUUGCACGGAAAUGUGUUGCGGCUGUGUGGGAUGCCCAUGCUGUAAUUUAUCAUGGAUAUGAGGUGACUGGCAUGGAAAAUCUCCCGAAGGAUGGACCAGCUCUUAUUGUUUAUUAUCACGGUGCCAUUCCAAUUGACAUGUAUUAUUUAGUAGCUAAAGUUUGCAUCGAACAGGACCGGCUAGUUCAUACCGUAGGCGAUCGAUUUUUAAGUAAAUUACCGGGUUGGGGUAUAAUAAGCCAAGCAAUGAAAGUCAUUCCAGGAACGGUCCAGUCGUGCGCAACAAUUUUAAAAGAAGGAAAUUUGUUGGCAAUCUCUCCGGGCGGAGUUUUUGAGGCCCAAUUCGGUAACAACUACUACGAACUACUGUGGAGAAAACGAAUCGGAUUCGCCAAAGUGGCAAUCGAAGCAAAAGCUCCAAUCAUACCGAUGUUCACCGAAAAUUUACGAGAAGGGUUCCGAUCUGUUGGCUUUUUACGUCGAUUAUUCGUUAAACUAUACAAUGCGACCCGGAUACCGGUAAUACCUGUGUACGGCGGAUUUCCAGUGAAGUUUCGAACACAUCUCGGCACACCAAUACACCACGAUCCUAAUUUGACUCCAGAGGAACUGCAAAGAAAGGUCGCUCAAGCCAUCGAAGAUUUGAUAAACAAGCAUCAACGUAUUCCAGGCAGCAUUUUACAUGGACUAGUAGAACGAUUUAUCAGAAAAAGGAAGAAAAUAUGAUCUCACACAGACUGUGAAGCCAACACACAAAAAUGUACUUACUAUACCACAUUGUGCUAGACCAAUAUUAUUUGUCUCAAACGAAACGUUCUUUAGGUGUACUCCAUUAUUUAUAGGUACAUUAAAUGUAUGACUUGUAACGCCCUUUUUAUUUAUAUGAAUGAUGUUGUAACAAUUUUACCAAUAAAAUUAAGGCCAUAACAUUUUGAA